CCCAGAUGUGAGGAUCUGAGAUUAUGAUGAUGAUUGAGUCUGUCCAUUUGAAAUCUAAUUGAUCCAUCGAUUUCCUGGAGCGUGAUCUCGAUUUCUAUCUCCGGUGAGAUUGUUCGACGAAGAAGAUGAUGAUGAAGAUUCAAAUUGGUGUGCUGGCGUUUUUGGUGGCUAUCUCUGCGAUUGAAUUUGGAUUGACUUCUGCUAACACCGUCCCUGCUUUCCUCUGGUCUCCACAUCUCCAGAGUGCUAAUGGUGAAGUGGAUGAGGGUGUGAAUUAUCAGGUCAUGUCUGCCAAGGAUCUUGUAGGCUCUGUUUUCACUCAAGGAGGAUGGUCAAACCUUCUGUGCUCGGAGAAGAAAGUUGAGCAAGCUGUUGAUGUUGCACUUGUGUUCAUCGGCAGAGAGUUGCUGUCUUCUGAUGUUUCUUCGAAAAAGAAUUCAAACCCUGCCCUUGUUAACACAUUGAAUACUCUAUUUACAGCUUCCAACUUCUCAUUGGCAUUCCCUUAUAUUGCUGCGCCAGAGGAAGAAAGGAUGGAGACUUUGUUACUCUCAGGGCUUAAAGAAGCUUGCCCACACAAUGUAGGAGUCAGGAAUAUUGUCUUCUCUGAUUCUUGCUUUGUUGAAGAUGGAACAAUUCAGAAACUAUCAGACUUGCAGUCUUUCAAAGAUCAUUUACUUGCUAGAAGAGAAACAAGGAAAGAAGGAGAAACUGACUUGGUUGUCCUCUGUUCUGAGGGUUCUGAAUCUGCCCAGUCACACUCAGAGCGUGAAAGCAUCUCGGAACUUGUUAGUUCAUUAGAACAGGCUGGAAGUAAAUACACAGCCCUUUAUGUUUCUGAUCCUUAUUGGUACACAUCUUACAAAACUCUCCAAAGGUUUCUAGCUGAAAGUGGUACAGGAAACAGCAGUGUUGGUGUUUCCACAACCUGUGAUGAACUCUGCAAAUUUAAGUCAUCACUUUUGGAGGGCAUACUAGUGGGAAUCGUUUUCCUUCUCAUCCUCAUCAGUGGACUUUGUUGUAUGGCGGGUAUCGAUACACCAACUAGAUUUGAGACUCCUCAAGAUUCUUAAGCAGCUGACUUCUUAAAGAAUCAUCCCCACCUUUUGCUUUGCUUUUUUUUUUUUUGCUUUCUGCAUAGUGCGUAUGGUGAAAGAGGUAUCUCAGUGUUGAUUGUUACAUCUAAAAAAACAUAAAUGGAUAUGCGAUUACAAUCCCCUUGUAACAUUUAUUCAUCUUGUUUGUGAGUCUUUUGUAAACGUUAUAAAUUAAUAAUG